AUGGCUUCAGCAGCAUUAACCGAGCUAUACACCCUCCUUUCACUAGGGGUGGCUAUCAUUGCCACUCGUAUCAUCGCUCGAUUGGUCAUGGUGGGCAUAAAGGGUCUCAAACUUGACGAUUAUGUGAUGUGCUUGGCUUGUAUAACAUUUGGCGUGGAAGUUCAUCUUGGCACUAAAGUUGGAGAAUAUCAAGGUCUUAGCAAUGCGGGAAUGACCGAUGAGUAUCGAGCAGCAUUGUCGCCUGAUUCGAUCGAGUAUUCGAACCGCGUUAACGGCUCUAAGCUCCAGCUCUCAGGCUGGGCAUGUUAUAUGCUCACAUUAUGGAUACUAAAAAUAUGCAUGGCAGUCUUCUAUUCCCGAAUGACUGAGGGAAUCAAGGUGCUAGAAAUUCGAGUUAAGAUCGCCUAUGCGAUGCUUGCUAUAACUUUUUUUGCCGGUUUCUGCACACUUUACCUUAGCUGUCGUCCCUUUUACCAAUUUUGGCAAAUCAAUCCUAACCCUGGUAGUCAAUGCCUGCCAGCCGUCUCUCCCGUGGCUGUUAUCGCCAACGGUGUGUUCAAUAUUGUCACCGACGUCUAUCUCCUCACUAUCCCUAUUCCGUCUACCGGAACUGGUGCCACAAUCGGUGGAAUGUGGUCCAUCCGUGAGUCCUUUGUCGCGAUUGCCGUUGACAAUUUCCCUCUGAUUUACCCUCUCGUCCGGCGUAUCUCCCACCGCCUAGGCUUUGUCUCUACCCACAGUGGUACCAAGAGCCACACCGAAUAUACAAUGAGCAGCAAAGCAAAUACGAAUCUGCCCCGGCGUAAGUUUGGGGCCAAAAAGGAAGAUUGGAAUAAUGUUAGCGACGAAAAUGCUAUUCUUGCAGGGCCACAUGAUCCUACCUCGUACACCGUCGAUGCAGAUGCAGAUUGGGAUGCUGGUAGCACCACGAGCCACACUGAUCACGGCAUUAAGGUCAUUCAAGAGACCAUUGUUGAGAGAUCAAAUGCUUCAAAAUAA